CAGGCUCAUCGUGACCUUUUCAAACCAAUGCUUACCUUCGAAUGCGCCCAGUCGGUCCUGCAGGAACUAAUUCUCGGCUCUCGCGUCCUACGCCAUGCGUGGGUCUAAUAAUCGCCCUCUUCUCAGUAUUGUGAUUUCUCGUGUAUAGCCCGAACAAAAAUUCCUGUGCACGACAUGUCCAUCCUCGUGAAUCCACCCAAACGCAAGCUAGACGAGCUGGAAGGUCCGGUCGAGCAACAGAACAGCAGGCGCUUGUCGCAUCUUCCUUUCACCUCCAAUACACCCCAUGCAGUAGACCCUACCCCCGGCAACGAUGCUCCUCCACGUCCCCGUGUCAAUUCCGCUCCUCAGACGGAACACUCAGAGGCGUCGCCAUGGUUGAAUGCUUCCUUGCGCGAGCUGAAUUCCAAUCGUCAAUCGCCAGUCUCCUUUGAGGGGCCUUUCCAGGCUCAGAGGAAAUUCGCUCCCAAUGCGUCCAUUGUGUUGACCGGAAUCCGCGGCACGGGAAAGUCCAGUCUAGCGGUCAUUCUGGCGGCCACCUCGGGUAGGCGACUGAUCGAUGCAGACCGGUAUUUUCAGCAGGUGACCGGCCGUACACGCGCUUCUUACAAGAAGGAGUUUGAUCUGGUCGAGUAUCGUCAGCAGGAAGCCAGGGUGAUGGAGUCCAUGCUCUCCGAAAAUCAAGAGGGCUGCGUCAUCGCAUGCGGGCCUGGGUCCAUGGAGCGCAGCGGGCAGACGUUGUUGAGGGAGUACGCGAAGACUCAUCCAGUCAUCUACGUCCUCCGAGACCCCGAGAGCAUCCAGUCUUAUCUGAAAGCGUGGAACACAGACAAAGUUCGUCGUUUCCUGGAACUUUCGGGGCCCAUCUAUCGCGCAUGUUCCAACCUCGAGUUCUUCAAUGUCUCUGAGAAAGGCAUCGCGGACCACCCACUUCCAAAAGAUGGCCACCAGGACUCGCCAUUGGAAUCUGAGCUUGAUCAGCGAGUACAAGCAAUCACUCCUUUCCUGACCCUCAAACAACUACAGCGUGAUUUUCUUUGUUUCAUUGCGUUCGCAACGGGUGACACCACGGACCUCAGCCGUCAUAACUCAUCGUUCCCUCUAUCGAUGCAACCAGUCGAAUCACGCACCUACACAUAUGCCGUGACCGUCCCUAUUUCAUCCAUGUUAGAACGUGAUCUGGACAUCGAGGAGCUAGAGUCGACCUCCGAUGCGUUCGAGCUGAAGCUGGAUGUCGCCGAACCACCUUCCUCCCAUCUCGGUCUGGACUCGAGUUUUGCCGAUACCAUUAGUCGGGCGGUAGCCAAUGUCCGACGGAACACGGUCGUUCCAUUAAUAUACAAUGUGGAGAGUAAUGUAUGUCGUUAUGGCUUGAGCGCAGAACACAGAGAUCCCUCGCGGCGGUCGGAUGCAGAGUACCUCAAAUUAGUUCAGCACGGUCUACGAUUAGCCCCGGAGUUUGUGACAGUAGACAUGUCCUACGACGACAAGGUACUUUCACAGGUCAUAGCUUAUAAAGGGUCGAGCAAAGUGAUCGGGCACUUUGCUGCCGUGCAGCCACCUGCUCGGGGCUGGGAUGACGCACAGUAUAUGGAUCUCUACGAGCGAGCCAAAAGGUUAGGAUGCGACAUGGUCCGGCUGACACAGCCGGCGGUGACGAUUGACGACAAUUUUGCCGUGCAACGUUUUCGCGACUACAUCAAGUCCCUUCCUGCCCCGCAACUGCCUGUCAUUGCGUACAAUACGGGCCCAUUGGGCCGGUUGUCAUGCUGCUUCAACCCGACAUUGACCCCUGUCACUCACCCGUCAAUGGUCGCCGAAACACAAUCGAAAGGCUUGCCGUGUAUCACCCUCCGUGAGGCACAGGAGGCGCUGUACGCCUCAUUCACUUUGGACCCCUUACACUUCUUUGUUUUCGGUGCCAACAUCACCUACAGUCUGUCUCCUGCCAUGCAUAACGCCGCCUAUAAGCGAUGCGGAAUGCCGCAUCACUACAAACUUCACCAGUCGUCGUCUCUGCGAGGCCUCAAUGAGUUGGUGGAGAACCCCCAUUUUGGUGGCACCAGUGUCAGCCUGCCGUUCAAAACAGAAGCCAUUCCGCUGCUGCAUUCCAUGUCUCCACAUGCUCGAGCCAUUGGCGCCGUGAACACGCUAAUCCCUAUUCGGAGGCUGGGAGACAAGGCCCUCGACGCCGAUAAUUCCUCGCUGUACAUGGAGAAGAGUCGUGCAGGACCUAUCAAGGCCUUGCAUGGAGACAAUACCGACUGGAUCGGAAUUGGAAAUUGUUUCCGGAGAGGCUUGUCACCCGCAAAUGCCAUCCGCCCGUCAUCUACUGGGCUAGUUAUUGGCGCGGGUGGCAUGGCCCGCGCAGCCAUUUACUCCAUGAUACACCUGGGAGUGCAGAAUAUCUUCGUCUACAACCGGACCAUAGCGAAUGCCGAAAAGCUCGCCUACCACUACAAUCGCCAGAACCUCCCUUCGCCAGGCCAGGCCGGGUCAGCGGCACGGCCUCAGGUGCACGUGCUGCGAACUCUACAGGACAGCUGGCCUGCCAACUACAAGCAGCCGACCGUCGUCUGCUCAUGUAUCCCAACUCACAGCAUCGGGGGGCAGCCGGCCCCAAACUUUGAGAUGCCAGUGCAGUGGCUCGAAAGCCCAACGGGAGGCGUGGUCGUGGAGCUGGCGUAUAAAACGCUCAAUACCCCACUGAUGAAACAAAUUCGAGCACUUUCGCACCGUGGCUGGGUCGCCCUGGACGGUCUAGAUGUCCUCCCGGAGCAAGGUUUCGCCCAGUUCGAGUUAUUUACAGGUCGCCGGGCGCCGCGGCGGCUCAUGCGGACCGUAGUCUUGAAGGAAUACGAGGGCGAAGAAGGCCAAUACGACGAGCAGGCGAUCCAAAGUCGGAUUGAGAGUCUAGAUGGACAACCUACCUGAAGUGCUCAUUGGUCAAGAAUAUGCCAUUAAAAGCCCCAGCUAUCUAAUAUCGCGUAAGAAACGCCACCAGGCUGCCCGCCUCCGGCAUGACCGUACCUGGAUGGUCCGUCAGUCAGCAUGCAGCCACUUCCGCGGGACUUUUUUCCUUUUGGCACGGUGGGAGGCAUGUGGACGAGCAAUGCUUACUGAACACGAGCAUGCACGUACAGGCUAGGCAUGGACGCCAGUCGCCGCGGACAAUGCAGCAAACGCAGCAUUUCCAUCUCGCUCUGUCUGUCUGCGCCCAUGAUAUGAUAUAUUUGUUAUGACUACAACGUACGUAUACAAUCAAG